AUGCCUAGACUCAAGGCAAAAAAGAGGCAGUCAACGUCAAGUGGAUUUCAAGGGAAUGAUGAUACGGUGAUUAACGAAAGCGCCGGAAGCUCAAGAACGAUAAACUUUCGUGAUGUGCAAGAAUCACUGUACCCCUUCAGUGGCGACGAUUCAUACUCCGUCGAGAAAUGGGUCGCGGACGUUGAAGAAAUGGCCGAGGUCUGUGGAUGGACCAGUCUCGAAAUAUUCAUUUACGGUAAGCGCCUACUUCAAGGAACUGCAAUGUUGUUUAUCCGCGCCGAGUGUGGUAUUAAGUCCUGGGAAACAUUGCGAGAUCGUCUGAGAAAUGAAUUUAGAAACAGAUUGACGGCUGCUGAUGUGCAUAGACAAUUAGCUGCACAAACUAGGCAAGAAGGUGAGACGCUUAUGCAAUUUUUGUACCGAAUGAGAGAACUGGCUAUGCAGGGUUCGGUGCAAGACGAUUCCCUAAUUGAUUAUGUUAUAUCUGGCAUUCAAGAUUCCGAAGUGAAUAAGACUGUACUCUAUGGGGCCACCAACAUCGUAGAGUUUAAGCGGAAAUUAGAGGUAUAUGGUGUGAUAAACCAGCGAAUAUUGGUUGAAGCUAAGAAUAAUAUUAAACCACAUGGACGCCGUUCCGAGCCGUAUAAUCAGCUUAGACCUUCACAGCCAGUUGAUAAGUCUUUACUGCGCUGCUAUACGUGUGGGGUCAAGGGACAUCUGUCUCCAGACUGCCCAGAUGCAGCUAAGGGCAUCAAAUGUUUUGCCUGCCAGUCGCAUGGACAUCGAGCAGCCGAUUGCCCAAAUGCAGGUCGGCGAAAUGAGGACGGGCCACAGAUGUAUCAAGUUAAUAGUUUGCCAGCUGAUAACCGAAUUUUUAAGUUGGUCAAAGUCCAGGGUGUGGAUACAGCUGCACUGAUAGAUACUGGUUGUGAUAUGAAUAUCUGUCGCCGUUCAUUCAUGAUGUUGUUAUCUCAAGAAUCAGCAGUAUCUGCCAAAGUCAGGUUGAGUGGACCAGCUGGUUCCUCAUUUUACACCGAAAAAAUGUGUGCUGUAGAUUUGUCCGUGGAUGGAAAUACGUAUCACAUAGACUUAUAUUCUGUGUCGGAUGAUGAUAUUUUGUGUGACUUGAUUAUAGGGAGACAUCUAUUCCAAACGAAGGCUGAGUUGCGUGUUGGACCUAAGUUAAUCGAGAUAUCCAGGGUACCUGAACAAAGAAUAAUGGCCAUCGAGACCUGUAUGGACGAAUUGGAUGUGGGGCUUCGGGGCAGUGUUGUUACAAUUGGAAAACGAUGGCGAGCUCCACCCAGUUUAUUUUAUGAGCAAAAAAACAACUGA